UUUUUUUAUUUAUUUGAUUGCAAAGUUCAAAGCUUUUUUUCCUGCGACUUUCUAGCACAUAUAUCAGCAAAGCAUGAACUCAACCCACGUGGUGUAAAUUCUCAAACCACCGAAUUUCACGACCUUGGACAACCACUGCUAGAUAUGGAAACUCCCUAUUCAUCCUUUUGAUGUGAUUCUUUAAUCCCAUCUGUUAUUUUGAUAAUUGAAACCCGAUGUUCGUUUGGUUUUUAAUCUUCACAUUCUGCAGAUAAAAGACCAUAUUUUAUAAAAUAUGACACUAAAUUUUGCACCAAAAAGUAUGUUCAUAAUCAAAGAUCCACUAAAAUCAGCUUCUUUAAUCUCUGGUCUAUGGUUAGCAACUCAUAGUGGAUUCAACCAACAACGUUUGACCUAUAGCUUGGUUCAUCAUUCAACUCUUUUUAGCUCAAGAAACUUCGAAUGGCAUCCCCUGAAACUCGUUCGCCAUGCCCAAUUCAACGGUUUCUCUGAUGGAGCCGAUGUUCAUCCAUUCGAUGAUGCCAAUACCAAUGCCAAUGAUGAACAAAGAAUGGAUUCUUCAUUGCAAGUUGAGUUACUUGACCCUAAUUUGCUUGGAAUAUGGCCGGAUUGGCCUGAAAAAGACAAGGUUUGCCAGAUUAGUAUCGAGCAGAAAGCGAACAGUUUCGGUAUUCCCCAUUCGUUGCAGAUGAUAAAGCGGAAGCAAAGAUGGAAAGAAGGGUUUGUUGAUGCAGGGGAGUUUGCAUAUUGCUCUGUUAAAAAGGCUUUUUCUUCACUUGUGUUGAUCAUUAGAGAGCUUCAAAGUUACACAUUGGUUAUAAAGGAAGGACUAAAUUGUGAAGAUUUAAUAGAUCUUAUGAAUAAAAUGCAAAGGGACAUGACAAUAACAUUUGUGUGGCUAUUUCAACAAGUGUUUUCCACAACACCUACUCUCAUGGUUUAUGUGAUGCUCCUUUUGGCUAAUUAUUCGGUCCAUUCGAUGACUAACAAGGCCUUCAUCGGCGUUUUCCCAUAUCCGAGACUCUACGAGAAUGUGGUCGUGGCGGAGAUCGAUGAAUUAGGGUUAUGGAAAUCAAUGGUGGUUGAAGCUUCAAGGAUGCAAGGAGGGGUAUAUUAUAAGGUAAUGGUGUCUCCUCUAAACAUGCGGUUGAAACUAGAUGAUAACCAUGGGAUGCGUUUGAGAAUGAACCUCAUUUAUCAGAUGCGUAUCGCCGAGGAGCCGUAUAAUCCUUUUCUGCUCUCGAAUUAUGCUCAGUUUCUUUCCUUCGUUAUCAAGAACCAUGAUAGGGCGGAGGAAUACUUCAAACGUGCCGUUCGGGUUGAACCGCAAGAGGUGGAGGCAUUAGAGCUAUACGCGGAGUUCUUAUGGAAGGUGAGGAACGACCUCCCUGAGGCCGAAGAAUGGUACUUACAAGCAACCGCCGUUGAUAUAGAAAACCCUUUUCGUGCAUCGAAGUAUGCUAAUUUCCUAAGGAGCACUGGUGGUGAAGAAACUUGUUAUCCUCUUAGAUAGUUAUAAUAAAGUUUAAUCUAAGGGACAACUACAAAUUAUGGUAAGUGUCGACUAAAUCAUAGUUGAAGCAACAAAUGAUUUUACCAGUCUCAGGUUCAAUCCGUGGAUAACUUCUACCCUUUACUAAGUGUUUUUUUUUUCAUGGGUUGUUUUGUUUAUUUCAUAUUAGUGUAUGCAUCAGACAAAUGCCCAUAAAACAUAUCCUUUAGAUUUAAAUGUAGUUAGCCAAAUAUGUAAGAAAAAGAUAGAAAUUUCCAAAAGAAAUUUGUGUACUUUGAUGCUUUUGGAACUAAUAAAACAAGGAGAUAUCAGAUGUCUAAUUGGGAUAAAA